AUUACUGGGGCCCGGGCCCUGGGGGGGCAAACACCCACCCGCCGGAGUCGGUGCUGCCCCAGGGGCCCCUGCCAGCUCCUGGGGCGACAUGGCCGCAGGCGGCCGGACUCCGGAGCCCCGGGUCCUGGUGUGCUUUGGGGCACUGCUGGUUCCCUGGGUCGCCGCAGGAUUGGAGGCUGUUGUCGUCGGAGAAGUUCAUGAGGACGUUACUCUGCUCUGUGGCGGCAUCUCGGGCCCGCGGGGCCUGGUGACCUGGUUCCGGAAUGGGUCGGAGCUGGCCUUCCUCCUGUCCUCCAACUCCAGCGUCCCGCCCGCCGAGCCGCGCUACUCCCUGGUCAAUGCCAGCUCCCUGCACAUCCAGGCACUGAGCCUGCGGGACGAGGGCAACUAUACCUGCCAGGAGGUCCUGAACGACACUCGCUGGUUCCGAGUGUGGCUGCAGGUGGCCAGUGGCCCCUAUCAAGUUGAGGUCAACAUUUCCUCCACUGGCACCCUCCCCAAUGGGACCCUUUAUGCAGCCAAAGGCUCCCAGGUGGAUUUCAGCUGCAGCAGCAGCUCCUGGCCUCCGCCCAUGGUUGAGUGGUGGUUCCAGGCUCCUGGUUCCAGAACUGAGCCCUUUGGAAGCAACCAGACAGCCAGCAGCUUCAAGCUAUUGCUGAUGUCGCAGAACCUCCAAGGGAACUACACCUGUUUGGCCAAGAACAUGCUCAGCGGGAGACAUCGAAAUGCGACCACUGAGCUCCUGGUCUACUCCCCUCCACCAUCAGCCCCUCAGUGCUGGGCAGAGAUGUCACCAGGAACGUUCAUGCUGCAGCUCACCUGUCGCUGGGACAAGGGAUACCCAGACCCUAACUUCCUGUGGACAGAAGAGCCAGGAGGUGUGGUUGUGGGGAAGUCUCAGCUGGGGGUGGAGAUGCUGAACCAGUCCCAGCUGUCAGAUGGCAAGAAGUUCAAGUGUGUUGGGAGCCACAUCGUGGGGCCAGAGUCGGGAGCCAGCUGCAUGGUGCAAAUCAGGAGCCCCUCCCUUCUCGCUGAACCCAUGAAGACCUGCUUUCUGGGGGGUAAUGUGACGCUUACCUGCCAGGUGUCUGGAGCCUACCCCCCUGCCAAGAUCCUGUGGCUGAGGAACCUCACCCAGCCCGAGGUGGUCAUCCAGUCCAGCAGUCACUACGUCGUCAUGCACAAUGGCCAGAGCUCCACCCUCACCAUCAGGAACUGCUCCCAGGACCUAGACGAGGGCUACUACGUCUGCCGGGCCGAGAACUCCGUUGGAUUAAGGAAGGUGGACAUCUGGCUAAGUGUGAAAGAACCUCUAAACGUCGGGGGAAUUGUGGGAACUAUUGUAAGCCUUCUUCUGCUGGGACUCGCCAUCAUCGCAGGGCUUAUUCUGUAUUACAGCCCUGUGUUCUGCUGGAAAGUAGGAAGCACUUUCAGGGGGCAAGACUUGGGUGAUGUCAUGGUUUUGGUGGACUCGGAAGAGGAGGUGGAGGAAGAGGAGAAAGACACUGCUGAAGAGGAGGAGGAGGAAACUAGUGAGAGGGAGGAGUUGCCGAGAGUACACAAGCAUGGCCACAUUCACAGAGUGACCGCCCUGGUCAACGGGAACAUAGAACGAAUGGGCGGUGGACUCCAGGAGCUGCAAGAGGACAGCGGUGAGCAGCACAGUGACACAGUUCAAGAAGACGACAAGCCGGUCUGAAGAACAGAACUGCACUUCAUCGUCCUCUCUGACAAGCUUGGGAAACUUCGCUGAAGAUGAGUUUUUUUUUCUGCUUUGACUUGACUUGGCACCCCUACCUGAGGGCUCAAAGUGGCUUGGCUCUCAGCAGAAAGGAAACCCAAACAUAUACACACACAGGACUUUUCCUUCCUUUUUUUAAAAUUUGGUUUCAUUGGCUGUAAGUUUUCUCAAUUAUGUUAUAAUGCUUUGGGAAGGGGUGGAGUCGGGAGGCUGCGCCCCCCACCCCCAUCUGUGUGAUUUCUGACUUCAUCACGUGACUGAUGCCAAUGCGAAGUGGGGCUGGCACGUGACCUCAGUGACCUUGGCCACUGUUGAGGGUCUGUAGCCAGCUUGCCCUAACGCAGGAGGGAAUAGUGUGGGGUGGUAGGGACACUUCCUUUAUCGCGCCCCAGAUGAGAGCCAGGCAAAUGAGGGCCGCGCCCCUGGGAGAGGGAGAGGUGCCAGCUAUCCACAGUCGUCAGACCGUGGCACGUUGUUUUGAUUUUUGGAGCCAGAAACACCCAGGCUGGAACCUGGUCCUGCUGCUUGUUUCAUGGACAUGGGCACGUCUCUGCUCGGGGCCUCCAUUUCCAUGUCUGUGGAAGAAGUGAAGCCUUACAGGGUUGUGGUAGGACAAAGCUAGGACCUUGGGGAUGUGUAAACAUCUCAAUGGAGUGUUAGUUCUCUGCUUUUGCCUGCCAGCUGGGGACAAAGCGAAUCACCUGUAAGUUACCAGCUGCUGCUUGGGCCUUUUGUUUUUCUGUGGGAUGAUUUCAGACUGGGGGUUCUUAGAGCUCUCCUGGAUGAUUUUUGCUUCCUUGAAGGUAUCAUUCUUUCUAAAGAGGUAGGGGCUAACGAGAGGAAGUGCCUUCAACAGAACCUCACACUUUGCAGUUUUGUGUUUAUACAGGAGCCUUACAGGUGUUGCACUAUUAGCAUUCAGCCUUCCCAUGCUCCCUUUCUCCCAAGGCUUUGAAGAAAGCAGGAGAAAUGUUUCAUACCUGAGUGUCUGAGGUUAAGUCCUCUUUGGGUAGACCUGUUCCUCUGGCGUAUGUCGCCAUCUUGGAAACAGGAAUGGAAAAAUUUAUUUCCUUCCUGCUUCUUAGGGAGAUUAUGAAGAUGCACUGAUCAGUGAUACUCAUUUUCUAAUGAAAAUAACACAUGAGCAUUUAGCUACUGAUACAUUAGAUUCUUGUACAGUGUAGAGAAUUCCUCCCCCCCCCCCGGCUUUUAUGCAAACCUCUUAAAUGUCAGGGACUUUAUAAUGGUGCAGAAGCUGUGUGCUAAACAUGAAAAUCUGACUUGAAUUUACACUCCUUAAUGUUGCUUAUCUUGCUCAAAUGGGCCAGCUUAAAUGAGAAUUUUCCUCCUCCAAUAAGGGGCUGAGAUUUCUAAGAUGAGAAGCUGGUUGUGUGCAAGUUUAACCAGCAGGUGCAGAUGGGGGAGACCUGCUUUCUUGGAUGAAGGGACUAGGGGCCGAACAAGUUACUGCAAGUGAGCCCUGUCCACCCCCCUCCCCAGAACAGAAUAAUGGGGAGCUGGCUGUACUUUGCACCCCUCAGAAUAGCUGUGAACUGCAGGUCUCAUUGUCGGGUCUCUUGAUGCUUGGUACCUCAUGUACUUGACCACUCUACCCAGUCUACAGGAGCAUCCUUUCCAAAGGGGACAGUUUUAGACAGGUGACUUUUAAAGUUACUGAUAACAGACCUAGUCCCCUUAAGAUCUUCCAUGAUUAAUAAUUCCUGAAUUUGAGAGUCCAUUGUGCAGAAACAACUAUAUUUCAAGAAAGAAAUGCAGGUGGAAAUCCUAGCUGGGAAUGCAGUGAGUGAUUUGCAGCACCUCUGAGAUGCUUCCCACAACUUCCUCUUCACUUGCAACUUCACCUGAUAGGAGAGGCAAGAUUUUCCAUUAAGAAGUAGGAACCUCGAGGUCUCUGCUGAACUCACUAACCCCCUGACCGGCUGAGCUGUGACUGCCCUCACUUAUGUUUAAGCCCUGUAGGAACAUUAACAUAGCUGGGUCUGUUAAGAGCCCAGGUACUGGGGUGGGGGUGCCUCCCCCCCCCCCCAGGAAGGGGGUCUCUAAGUUUUUAGGAUUUUUAAAGAACUAAGGCUUUUCUUUAAAAUGACCCUUUUCCAAAAACCCACAGUUGGCAAACUUGGUGUUGCAAAGUCAAACAUGUCACAUUCUGCUUAAAAAAAAAAAAAUCUUUGUUUGACUACAUGGUAAACUCUAGAGACCAGAAGGAGUUUGGCUUAUCAGAACCAGGAACAUAAAAAUUUCAGGGCUAUUAUAUGUUUCCUCAAAACUGGUGGAUACUGGGGAAGGGGUUCCCACAAUCCUAUGGCUUUGAUAUUAGUUUCUGUUCUCACAAGCACAAACAGGCUCUAUCAUUGCAGCAGGGAAAUUGCAUGAUCAAAAAAUGUCCAUCACCCAUGCACCGAGACAUGGAAAUGUGUCCUAGCUGGGGAAGGUCUGUUAUAAAGCAGUAAGUGCCAACGGAUAUUUCUCACCAUGGGACUGGCUAGGAUCUGCUGUGAGGGAAAUAAACAGAAACCUCUGCAUUAUUCACAUUUUAGUAUUCGCAUCGGGGGUGGUUUAGGAAAAAAUCGUUGAGGUUAUCAAACGAUUUUCUAAAACAGAUUCUGGAAUAAAGUUAUU